AUGGCGGAUGGGAUGGAACGCGACGGUUCCUGUACCCCGCCACUGCCCGCGGUUGAGCUGACCGCGGCCGAGCUGGGAAAGGGCCGUCCGUCAAUGGCAGCAAUGGCUGCCGCCGUCGAAGGAACGAAGGGGCUUGCCGGGAAAGAGUCACCCAUUGUCACGACGUCAGCAAAGCAAGCGACGGACGAAGCGGCUGCAUUGGAAGAGCGAAAGCACCGGAAGAGUGUCACUCCCGUACCGAAGCCGUCGUCUGAGCAUUCGUCGAGCGAAAAGCACAACCAUAACGCCGUGGAGAUGUCAAAUCAUGUGAAGGCCACUGAAUCCGACAAGCGAGACUCCAAAGAGCUCGACAACGGUAAGGAGCAUCAGCGAAGUCGGCACCAUCAUCCGCGGCGGAAAUCGGGCACCCGGUCGAAGGAACGUUCGCCCUCCGAGCGGCGGGGCAGCAGCAAACGCAGAGAAACCCGUCGCGAUCGAUCCGAGGAAAGGUCACGUGCUAAAGUGAAACGGUACCGCGAUCGGUCGCGAUCAUCGCGUAGUCGAAGUGGUAGCACCAGAAGGGAUCACCGAAGCAGCCGCAGCACGGCACGUGACUCGUUCGCCCCCGGACGGCGAGGUUAUUCGCGGGAACGAUCCCGUGAUCCCCCGUACACGUUCAACCGUUGGCACUUUCAUCCCAACCGGCGGUUCGGCGGACAGUUCCAGCAACGGGGACCUUUUCCGUUUCGCCCCAAACGGUUCAUUGACCGCCGAGCGGAGGGAGGAACCCUUUCGGAACCGCGGCACACCAAGGUGAGCCCGGUGAUAACCUGGCGGGAGUGGAAUUUUGUUGAGCCACAAGAACAAAAGUCAGCGGUCAGCGGCAAAACCGACACGACGACGGUGCACCCGAUCACACCGGCCAUCGCAGCACUACAGGAUUACGAUGCAAGCGAUGGGAGCUCCUCGUCGGAGAAAAGUGAUACGGAUUCGGCGAAAAACAGUGGCCGGCGUAGUGAAAGUGUAGUGAAAGAUGUGAAAGGACCGAAGGAAGAGCCCAAUCAAUGGGUAAAGGUGGAAAAAGUGAAUCCGCUGGCCGGUGCGGCCAUGGUGGUGGAGCCAUUGAUUUUCGAUUGCAGCAUCGUCAAACAAGAGCCGCUGACGGAGGAGGACACCGGCGAUCAAACUAACCCGACCGAAGAACUGUUGCACCUACCUCUCGCAUCGUUAAAGGGCGUGAAGCCGAAAUUCAGUUGCUCCUUUCUCGAUGAUCUUUCGAGUGGCAGUAUGGUGCUGCUACCGAAAAUAUCGCCUGAUCCGAAAGAUCGGCCUGACACAACUCCGCUUGUCGAUCGAAAUCGGAGGGGCGAAAGUCAAUCACCCGACACGGAUGAUUAUGCCGACAAUUGGGAAACGGAGGGUAUGAGUCCACGCAAAAGUUCUCCCCCCUUGGAGGAAGGUGGUACGCCGCCGGCGCCACCCGUUCAGCGAUCGUCGCCGGUGCCCUUGCUGGAGUUGCCGACAGUCGGCGGCGAUAAAAAUGGGUCCCCUCGGGACGAGUUGUUUGUUAAAAACAACGGAGCGGGUUCGCCGGCGCCCAUCGGCGAUCGGGCACACCUUAAACCGCGCAGUUUUCACGAGGAAAUUAUUCCGCUCGACGAUCUGCUGAAUGUGCAGCACCAGCUGGCGUCGUACAAAUCGAAGCUGGAGAUGGCGGAGCAGCUAAAAGCGGAACGGCUCAAAGUGGCGAAGCUAUCGGACGCUGAGCGUGACUCCGUGAUGGCCGCCGAUGAACCGGAAGAGUUGUCGGAGAAGCUGGCCGACGAGUACGCCAACUUUAUGCAGUCCCUCGGGCAGACGGUGAUCGGGGACGAAGCACGGGACAGAAAACGGCGCAGAAGUUCGGACAGUUCGAGUAGCUCUUCAAGCAGCUCGUCGUCGAGCAGUUCCUCAUCGUCCGACUCGUCGGAUUCGUCGAGCUCCUCGGAUUCUUCCAGCUCCACCAGCAGCUCAUCCGACACCGAAGCGAGCUCCGACGAGGAACAGAAACUGGGAGCAAAUGUGCAGGAAGUGGAUCCGUUGAUAGAAAAAAUGUCCCCCGACAAGGAAGAUGUACUGAACGUCGCUGAACCGGCUGAACAUCAGCGAUCGGAGAUGGUCCCGUUGCCGGAUCAUCUGCUACCCAAAUCUCCCGCUCCAACCGGCUCCGGUGGCAAUGUGCUUACCUAUACAACACCAUCGAAGAUCUACAGCAUUCGGGACGAUUUCUUUGCCACCGACAGCAACGCCACGGAAUCGCCAGCGAACAAACCGCUCGAUCUCGACAGGGAACUGCCGAUCAAACUGAAGCUUCCGUCAAAGAAUCGCAUCAUGCUCACCGGUCGUCUCCUCGAUGAGGACACCGAACCGACCGCGGAAGAUCCCUCAGCAGUGGAAAAGGACCCGAGCUUGUCGCGAGAACCACCGACGGGUCGUGACAAGCCCGGUCGGCAUGAAAGCAAACGUCACUCCUCCUCACGAUCGCGUCGAUCAUCGCGUGAUCGGCACUCACUCGAAAGUCCUCGACGCAGGUCACGCGAUCGUGACAAGCGUUCCUCACGCAAAGAUCGCCAAUCGUCGCUCGAGCGAAGGGAUCGCAGUCAGCGCCGUUUCUCGCGCAGCCCCGAUCGUGGUCGAAGAACGCGCAGCCCACGUCACCGACGGCGUUCGGUGUCUCGUUCACGAUCCCGUUCCCGCUCACGGUAUCGCAGUGCCAGUCCGCCACAGCGCCGUCCACCGAGCCCGCGGGGCGAUCGUGGCGAGUAUCGCGAUCCGCGUAAUUCACGGAUGCCCCGGCGACGCUACUCGGUCGACCGUGAGUGGUCACGCUCGCGAUCAUCUCGCUCUCCGUACAGCGGCGAACGGCGGCGUCCCCCUUCGCCGAAGGAUGCUCCGCCGCCCGGCUUAGGGGUGGGCGAGAACCAGAUCGACAUCAUCACCAGCACGGGAGCGUCCCCGAACGUUCACUCGCCGGUCACGGGCUACAAGAAGAGUCUGGCCGAUUCGACGAUCAGCGACGCGGAGUUGGAGAAUCAAAAGCGAAAGCUGGGAAUUGAUCCGGCUUCCGGACACGCGUAUGGGAUUUACUCGAAGCAUUACGGUGCCGGUGGAGGCUACUACGGGGCCAGCGACCUGCUGCACGAUCCGACCAGUGGAGAUCGUCCCGGUCCGAAUGGGGACAGUGAAUCGUCUCCGAAGCGCAUCUCGCUCGACGAUCGUAUCAACUCGGUGCUCGGUAUCAACGGGACGGUGGAACCGGGUGGAAAGCCAGGAUCCAAGGGUCAUCAUCAUCAUCAUCUGCACCACCAUCAUCUUCAUCAUCCACCGUCAGGACCGUACAGUGAGUACCCGCCGAGCCAUGACAUGUACCAGCGCGGACACCACCCCCCGGGUCAACACUAUCCGAUGGGUUACGGACCGGGAAGCGAAUAUGGUUCCGUCCCGUACGGUUACGGUGGUCCUCGCGGUCCGAUACCGACCGUUCCGCCAUCCUCAUCACCGGCGAUCGGCACACCCGGUUACUUUGGCCGGGGUCCUCCGCCAUCGUGGGCACCGCCCCGUAGUCACCCGUACCAGGGCUACCCGAUGGCCUUCAUUGGUCCGCCACCGCUCCGGACCCCAAUGCUGCCGGGCGAUCUGUACCGUGCCCCCCUGCUGGUGGGUGUCCCGCCGGCCACUCCCGAUGCCGCAGGCAAGUCGCAGGUCAAGCAGGUGGGCAACGUGCUCGAAAUUGUCCCUUCGAGUACACCUCUAGGAGGGGCCCAGGAGAAGGGAGCCCUGGAACAACCGUCGGAGGCGUCGGACGGUCAAUCGCUCGCCGGGGACAACGACACGAAGGCGACAAACGGAAGCGGUCCCUGCUCGGCACUGGUGACACCGAAAAUCCACACUGCCGAGGAGCUACAGCAGCGCCACGAGCGACGCCUCGAGCUGAUGAAAAAGAUCCGUGCCGAGCGGGAGAAGAAGCGCCAGGAGAAGCGUCAGCGCAAGGAACGGUUACAGCUCGAGAUCAAGCGGCUGUUGGGGCCGAAGAUGGCCGGUGGCACUCCCAGUAGUGGCGGUGGCGGCGUCGGGGAAAGUAGCACCAUCGGGGGUGGUAGCGCUUCGUCCGACGAGGAGUUUGAAACGAUCAAACAGGCCGAUCUGCUGGCAUCGCUCAGCCGAUCGUACGAAAAAAGUAUUCUCAAAACCGCCAAACCCAACGCCGUCAUCAACAGUGGCCCCUCGGUGGUGAAGAAAUCCGUUCUCUUCGCCGACGGCGUGGCGCCGGGUGAUAACUCGUCCACGUCCGGCGAGGAUGAGACGAAGGAAAAGUCACCCUCGCGGAUGGUGGCGGCCAAGCUGCGGAAGAAGGUGCGCCGCCAGCGGACGCUCAAGCUGUCCGGCAAAAAGCGGCUCAUCGAUCGCCUCAAGCUUCCGGAAGAGGACCAGGAGCAAGAGGAGCUUGAUCCGGAGUUGGAAAAUCUUGCUCCACCACCACCGCCACCCGGGUCACCACCGCCAGAGCUUCAGCAACCGCGCUGCAUCAAUCCGCCACCCGUGCGGAUGAUCGACUUCCGUGAAGGUUUCCACGGUGUAACCGUUCCGCUACCCGUGCCGCCGGUAGCAUCGCUCGGACCACCUUCGAAUGGUCCCGUCGCGGGCGGUGUUCCCGGGUCGGCCAUCCCACUGCCAGUACCGCCCGUACAGCUCCCGGUUCCGGGGCCCGUUCCUUCACCGCUCACCACCGGGGCUUACCGGAACGUUGGCCUUCCGCCUCCGACCAACCACCAUCUGCUGCCUUCUCAUCUCGGACCACAGCCGCGACCGGUCUCACCUCACGCUAGCCUUCACCACGUACCACCCCCGCUGCAUCACCUGCACCUUCACCAUAACCACCACAACUACCCUCCGCCACAGACCCUACCGCCUACCUCCAUACCUCCGCCGGUGGUCAUUGCAUCGCCCUCUGCAUCGGCUUCAUCGUCGUCGGUCCUGAUCACGAUCAAUGCCGGCAAGAAGCUAUAA